AUGGCCCAGAAGCUUGCCACCAACCCUAAAGCAUCCAAUACUUACAAAGCAGAGCUCAAGAAAAUAGUUGCGGAAUGGGCCAACAGGGCCCCUAAAAAAGGAUUCAUGUCCAGGGUUGCUCUUGCCACUACUUCUGUGCAGAGUUAUGAACCAAGUAGAUUAGCUGUAGCAGAAGCUUCCCUGGCCGCUGCCGGAUUCCCGCGUUUGACACUCCAAUGGAAUAAUACUAUCAACACUCCUUGGAACUCGGCUGUACUCAACUGUCUUCUGGGGGCUUGGCUAGAGUGUUAUAAUGCCAGAGGAGUCCCUGCCUACUAUGAUAUCCCACAGUCAGACAAAACCCCCAAGCCGGCCAAAGAAAUCCUCACCAAGUGGCUAAGUGGCAAGCGUGCCAAAUAUAGUCAGGAGGAAAAAGACAAGGCACUCAUAGCAACCCCCGGUGGAGCUGAAAAAUAUGCUAAGAAGGCGGUUGAAUCUAAGGACAGGAAAGCUAUGAAGGCCUUAAGGACAAAAACGGUCCCUGCAACCCCAGCAAAGCCGGCACAUCAACGUUGGAUCAAGCUAGCUUGGAGAAAGCCAGAGCUGGAUCAAUUGAUUCACCUUGCGGAAAAAUUGGCCAGAAAGAACCCAGACUCAACAAAGGCCCAGAAGACCAAUGCGGCCAAGUUUCAGGCAGCCAGGGCUGAAUACUCACCUGCUGCUGUCAAUCCGGAAGACCAACUCCCACCACAGCAAUUUCCCAAUGCUUAA